AUGGAUGACGUGUUUGAAAAAUUACAAAAAGCGGUAUGGAAAGGAAAGAUUAAGGAGGUAAAACAAUUGAUCAAACAUGGUGCUAACAUAAACGAGGCAGACCAAGAUGGAUACACGUGUUUACACAUUGCAGUAGAAAACAACCAAAAGGACAUCACUGAGUUUCUCAUUGAAAACGGAGCUGAUGUCGAAAAGACUACCUCAAACAUGUCAAAGGGGCAAACACCCUUACAUCUCGCUGCCGCAGCGGGACAUCUUAAGAUGAUGAAUUUAAUUCUCAGUCAUGGAGGUGAAUUGAAUAAAGGGAAUAAUGAUGGCGGGACUGCAUUACACUAUGCAGCUGAGAAUGGUCAUCUUGGUGUCACCAGACAUCUAAUCAGUCAAGGAGCUGAAAUUAAUAGAGAGCAAAAAGAUGGUUGGACUGCAUUACACACUGCUGCUGAGAAUGGUCAUCUUGAUGUCACGAAACAUCUCAUUAGUCAAGGGGCCGAUGUGAAUAAAGGGAAUAAAAAUGGUAGUAUUGCAUUGCACUAUGCAGCUCAGAAUGGCCAUCUUGAUAUCACCAAACAUCUCAUCAGUCAAGGUGCUGAAGUAAAUAGAGAGGAAAAAGAUGGUCGGACUGCAUUACACACUGCUGCUCAGAAUGGUCAUCUUGAUGUCACGAAACAUCUCAUUAGUCAAGGGACCGAUGUAAAUAAAGGGAAUAAAAAUGGUAGUACUGCAUUGCACUAUGCAGCUCAGAAUGGCCAUCUUGAUAUCACCAAACAUCUCAUCAGUCAAGGUGCUGAAGUAAAUAGAGAGGAAAAAGAUGGUCGGACUGCAUUACACACUGCUGCUCAGAAUGGUCAUCUUGAUGUCACGAAACAUCUCAUUAGUCAAGGAACCGAUGUAAAUAAAGGGAAUAAAAAUGGUAGUACUGCAUUGCACUAUGCAGCUGAGAAUGGUCAUCUUGAUAUCACCAAACAUCUCAUCAGUCAAGGUGCUGAAGUAAAUAGAGAGGAAAAAGAUGGUCGGACUGCAUUACACACUGCUGCUCAGAAUGGUUAUCUUGAUGUCACCAAACAUCUUAUAAGUCAAGGAGCUGAAGUAAAUAGAGAGAAAAAGGAUAGUCGGAAGGCAUUACACAUUGCAGCUCGGGCGGGUCAUUUUGAUCGCACCAAACAUCUCAUCAGUCAAUGGGCCAAUGCCAAUAACGGGAAUCAUAAUGGUAGUACGGCAUUGCACUAUGCAGCUCAGAAUGGCCAUCUUGAUAUCACCAAACAUCUCAUCAGUCAAGAAGCUGAUGUGAAUAAAGGGAAUAAUAAUGAUAGGACUGCAUUACACAUUGCAGCUUUGAAUGGACAUCUUGAUAUCACCAAGCAUCUCAUCAGCCAGGUCAAGGGGCCGAUAUGA